CUGGACUUGUCGCUGAUCUUGUCACCUUUUGUGUACUGUUUCUGGGGUGCGAGGAGGCGUUUGCUGCCUUUCCUUCUUUCUCUUGCCCUCUCUUCUCAGGAAAGAGGACCGCGAGGGGGACCGGGUCGCUUUUUGUUCGUCUGGAUCCCCGCUUUCCGCCAAGCCUCAUCUUUCCCGUCUCCCCGGGUUUAAAACUCCGGGGCUAGUCCCCACGUCCUUUCCCUUUGUCUUGUUUAUUAUAGCUGCCUUUCUUCCCGGCUCUUGCAAUUUGCUUGUCAUUUGCAUACCUUUCACUUCUCCUUUUUAACCCCAGCAGAGGGCCGGGAGUGGGGAGGAGGAAAAAGGGAGGAGGGGGGCGCUCUGUUACUUUCCUCUCAAAACGCUGUCGAAGCUGAAAUGUUGAAAUCGGGGUUGGAGCGGCGGAGUGAUGGGUCCGGGCAAACCAGCGCGGCGCCCCUCUCCUGAGCCCAGAGCUGGGGCAAGUUGAGUGGGGGUCCCGGGAUUCUUGAGCUGUGCCCAGCUGACGAGCUUUUGAAGAUGGCACAAUAACCGUCCAGUGAUGCCUGACCAUGACAGCACAGCCCUCUUAAGCCGGCAAACCAAGAGGAGAAGAGUUGACAUUGGAGUGAAAAGGACGGUAGGGACAGCAUCUGCAUUUUUUGCUAAGGCAAGAGCAACGUUUUUUAGUGCCAUGAAUCCCCAAGGUUCUGAGCAGGAUGUUGAGUAUUCAGUGGUGCAGCAUGCAGAUGGGGAAAAGUCAAAUGUACUCCGCAAGCUGCUGAAGAGGGCGAACUCGUAUGAAGAUGCCAUGAUGCCUUUUCCAGGAGCAACCAUAAUUUCCCAGCUGUUGAAAAAUAACAUGAACAAAAAUGGUGGCACGGAGCCCAGUUUCCAAGCCAGCGGUCUCUCUAGUACAGGCUCCGAAGUACAUCAGGAGGAUAUAUGCAGCAACUCUUCAAGAGACAGCCCCCCAGAGUGUCUUUCCCCUUUUGGCAGGCCUACUAUGAGCCAGUUUGAUAUGGAUCGCUUAUGUGAUGAGCACCUGAGAGCAAAGCGUGCCCGGGUUGAGAAUAUAAUUCGGGGUAUGAGCCAUUCCCCCAGUGUGGCAUUAAGGGGCAAUGAAAAUGAAAGAGAGAUGGCCCCGCAGUCUGUGAGUCCCCGAGAAAGUUACAGAGAAAACAAACGCAAGCAAAAGCUGCCCCAGCAGCAGCAACAGAGUUUCCAGCAGCUGGUUUCAGCCCGAAAAGAACAGAAGCGAGAGGAGCGCCGACAGCUGAAACAGCAGCUGGAGGACAUGCAGAAACAGCUGCGCCAGCUGCAGGAAAAGUUCUACCAAAUCUAUGACAGCACUGAUUCUGAAAAUGAUGAAGAUGGUAACCUGUCUGAAGACAGCAUGCGCUCAGAGAUCCUGGAUGCAAGGGCCCAGGACUCGGUCGGGAGGUCGGAUAAUGAGAUGUGUGAACUAGACCCAGGUCAGUUCAUUGACCGGGCUCGAGCCCUGAUCAGAGAGCAGGAGAUGGCUGAAAACAAGCCGAAGCGAGAAGGCAACAACAAAGAAAGAGACCACGGGCCAAACUCCUUACAGCCAGAAGGCAAACAUUUGGCCGAGACCUUGAAACAGGAACUGAACACUGCCAUGUCACAAGUUGUGGACACUGUGGUCAAAGUCUUUUCGGCCAAGCCUUCCCGCCAGGUUCCUCAGGUCUUCCCACCUCUCCAGAUCCCCCAGGCCAGAUUUGCAGUCAAUGGGGAAAAUCACAAUUUCCACACCGCCAACCAGCGCCUGCAGUGCUUUGGCGACGUCAUCAUUCCGAACCCCCUGGACACCUUUGGCAACGUGCAGAUGCCCAGUUCCACAGACCAGACAGAAGCACUGCCCCUGGUUGUCCGAAAAAACUCAUCUGACCAGUCUGCCUCCGGCCCGGCCGCUGGCGGCCACCACCAGCCCCUGCACCAGUCACCUCUCUCUGCCACCGCAGGUUUCACCACCUCCACCUUCCGCCACCCCUUUCCCCUUCCCUUGAUGGCCUACCCAUUUCAGAGUCCAUUAGGUGCUCCCUCUGGCUCCUUCUCCGGAAAAGACAGAGCCUCUCCAGAAUCCUUAGACUUAACUAGGGAUACGACGAGUCUGAGGACCAAGAUGUCAUCCCACCAUCUGAGCCACCAUCCUUGUUCACCAGCACACCCACCCAGCACCGCCGAAGGGCUCUCCCUGUCGCUCAUAAAGUCCGAGUGUGGCGAUCUGCAAGACAUGUCCGAAAUCUCACCUUAUUCGGGAAGUGCAAUGCAGGAAGGAUUGUCACCCAAUCACUUGAAAAAAGCAAAGCUCAUGUUCUUUUAUACCCGUUACCCCAGCUCCAAUAUGCUGAAGACCUACUUCUCCGAUGUAAAGUUCAACAGAUGCAUUACCUCUCAGCUCAUCAAGUGGUUUAGCAAUUUCCGUGAGUUCUACUACAUUCAAAUGGAGAAGUAUGCACGUCAAGCCAUCAACGAUGGGGUCACCAGUACGGAGGAGCUGUCUAUAACCAGAGACUGUGAGCUGUACAGGGCUCUGAACAUGCACUACAAUAAAGCAAAUGACUUUGAGCAGGUUCCAGAGAGAUUCCUGGAAGUUGCGCAGAUCACAUUACGGGAGUUUUUCAAUGCCAUUAUCGCAGGCAAAGAUGUUGAUCCUUCCUGGAAGAAGGCCAUAUACAAGGUCAUCUGCAAGCUGGAUAGUGAAGUCCCUGAGAUUUUCAAAUCCCCAAACUGCCUACAAGAGCUGCUUCAUGAGUAGAAACUUCAACAACUCUUUUUGAAUGUAUGAAUAGUAGCAGUCCCCUUUGGAUGUCCAACUUAUGUGUCUAGGUUUUGAUUUCAUAUAUAUGUGUAUGGGAGGCAUGGAUAUGUUAUGAAAUCAGCUGGUAAUUCCUCCUCAUCAUCUUUCUCUGAUUUCCUUUUGUUUCCCAUUAUGAGGGGAUGGUUAUUUUCCUUCCUUUAGUUUACUUUUGCCCACGGCCCUUAACAUUUGGAGACUUAACAUAGGGUUAAUUUUCAGGGAAAAAGAAUGUUGGCGAGUAUAAAGUCUACCUGAGCAAGGAAGGGCAUUUGUGAAAGAUGCAUACGCUGGAUUGGUGGCUUAUUGUAAAUGGCGGUUGGCCGAGGUAAACCAUGACACAGCACAGCUCUACUGACAGUGAUGUGUCUCUUGUUUUUAACUGUUGAGAAGGUCUGGAAACUCAAUGAAACCACUUCAUACACCCAAGUAUUUGUUUGGUUUGGAUUCAAUAAGUAGCUUUUUCUUAUAUGUUUAAAAAUAAUGCCAAUGACAGAUGAGCAGCUCACUUUUCAAAAAUACCCCCAAAGGCCAAAUUAAAAAAGAAAAAUAAUCGCUGUCAGUCCUUUCCUAAGAGCAAUGGCAAACACCCCCAAACUAGUACCAGUUUCUAAAGGAGGCAAAGCAAUUUUGUACAAAACUAACUCUUUCAAGAGAAGACUGGAAUCACACAUGAUCUUUUAGCCACCUCUGUAAACUUUAUCAUAGGUUCUUCACAGUAAGUGAGCUUAGAUCACUCUUCAUAGAAAAAAGCCCUACAGUUUGUUAUCAUUUUCUAUUUAUUUUGCUUCAGAUAUUAAAAGGCACAUAAGUUUCAAAUCUAUUCUUUGCUUGACUUUGUUUAUAUGCUUAAAAGGAUUAUUAUUUGUUUAAUCAACUCUUUUUUUUUUUUCUAAGACACUAUUUUCUGAAUCCUUUGCUAUAGUAAGGAAUAAAGGAAAUCCCAAUGGACCAUAAAUCCUUGCCUACACUACAAGUUUGUUGACAGCUGUCAGCUGACUUGAUCUUUGCCUCCUAAGAGGAGCAAGUGUGAGAAUGACCUGUUUCCAUAUAUACAGCUCCACACUACCCUGAUGGGUACUCAAAGUGGCGACAGUCUAAGUGUUUUUUCAUUUUAGGUAUAAUGUUUGAAAGCAAUUGAUAAUGUCUCUUCUAAUUCAGAAGCUAGGAUUGACCAAAAUGUGAGAAUAGUGUAUAGCGUAGGAAAAUUUGGGGUUAACCCAAAAGACACAACUUCAGCACACCUAAGAAAGCUAGCUGCUAUUUUAAGCUUUCUUCAAUGAUUCUCCUCUUUUUUCUUUCUUUCCUUUUUUUCCAAUUUUUUGACGAUGUACAAUGUCCCAUACGUGCAUUUAAAAAAAAAAAAAAUCUAACGGCAUUCACACUUGUUUUCCUAGAUGAAUUUUCGUGUGUGGAUGGAGUAAGAAUUCAUCAUUCAUUCUAAUGGCGUUUUCCAGGUCCCUCCUUCCUCUUGGAUAAUUUGAUAUACACCUCCUAAAACGACACAGUAACAAAUCUGGUAUUUAAAACAUACAGAACAUAAAUGCCAUUUCCCUUAAUUUUUAAAAAAAAUUACAUUUGACUUUGGAGACUGCAGGUUGACCCAUGUGACUGACUAGCUGACCUGAUCGCUGUAAUUUAACAUCAUUUAUAAAUUCUGCUGAUGGACAGGAAUGUAUGAACACAAUUAUUGUCAGCACAAAGCCUUAAAACCUGCUGACUUUAAAUUAAAUGGUGCAGUCCUGUGAUGCUCGGCAUCAUUCAGGAGACUCACAGGCCCUCACAGUGUGGACAGAGCGUGCGGCAGCUGGGGCUGGUGCGCCAACCCUUGCGCUCAGCACCCGCAGCCGCACACAUCUAUCUCCCGGCUCACACCUCACACUCAUGCACACAGAAUCAUUAGGAUCCAAUUGGUCAUUUUUUUCAGGCUUGCUUAAAAAGAAAAAAAAAAAGUUUGGAUAAUCACUAUAUUGGAAUAAAAUGCUAAGGGGAAUUAAAAAAAAAAAAAAAGGAUUCCAAUCAGCACAGGUAGAGAAGCCAUCUGAACUUGACUGGUUUGGAAGAGCCUGACAUUCAUUGUUCAUGUCAGCAUACAACUGGUCUUUGCUGUUCCGUGUAAUUCCUACCACCAACGUUGUGUUGCCCUGCGUGAGGUAAAAGGCGAAGCUGCAGUGUGUUCACCUGGGUAGAGUUUGCUAGGAAUCUUAAUCUGGGGCAAGUGAAAUAUCGAUUUCAGACUUAUUUGGAUUUUUCAUAUUAUUAUCCCCUGCCUUUCUAAUUUAGAUAGACAAAUUAAGUAAAAGUAUGUGUUUACAACCUAGUGUCCAUGCACUUACCCACUGAGAAUAACCCCUCAGUGUUCACUGAGGUGUAGAAAUUAUUUCGGAGGCAAAACUGUGGCUUGAGGAUAAAUUCACCUCUUUGUUCUGGAAAGAGAACUCUGCCACUCUGCUUUCAGGUAGUUUCCCCCCUUUUACAAUCAUAGAAUCUUGUGCCUCCUAGUGCAUUGGAAAAUGACAAAAGCCUGUCUCUCAAAAACUCCUAUUUAACAGUUAGUUGAAAAACAAAAAAAUCACCAACUUUCAAAUCUGAACUCUCACCAUGUGAAAAUUGGGUCCAUGAGAGAAAGUCAGCUUUCCACGGUGGGAGGGUGAAGGAUGAGGGGCAGUUUACACAGGAGAAAAAAAAAAAAAAAAAAAAAAAGAGUCUAAAGUCCAUGUUGAAAUUCCACAUUACACUUAUUUUCUGCUAACUCUAAAUUAGUUUUGCGUGUACACUUGAGGUUAUAGUCUGUGCCUAGAUCUAAAUGCACCAGCGGGGGGAUUUUUAAAAAUCCUUCAAAAUACCAGUUUUUUCCCACAAGUACAAUUGUUCUUGUGCCUUCUGUGGCUUUCGAUUUCAUCUUUUUGACUUUAUUUCCAAUUACUACAGCUGCAAUAAACACUAGAUUUUUUUUCUGGCUGUUUGACGUAACGUUGAUAGCUAUGCAUAUUUUGUGUCUUUUUAAAACAAAGCGGGAGAAUACGUUUUUGAAGAAGAGAAUUUUUAGAACAGUUUGAUACCGCAAAUUAUUUUUUCCUCAAUUGUUUGAGCAGCAUUCAAGUUUUGAAAAUUCUUGUAGAAGCCAAUUUUUUGUAACUGUGGUGCAAAUCUUGUGUUUUCUUAGCCUAAUGAAAAGUAGUAUAGAAGCAAUAUUUCAUACCAUGUGCUAUGUAUGUGUGUGCAGAUGUGUGACCAUAAACACACAUACACACAUAUACACACAUGUAAAAAUAUACAUAUAUAUAUGCGUGUGAAGUGGAAAGCUUACCUUUUCCUAUCUAGAUUUAAGAACCUAUUUUAGACAUUUGUUAUGUUUUGUGAAAAGAAUGUUCUAUUUGCAACAACAAAACAUUUAAUUCUUACUGUCUCUCUGGCUGUUUAAAUGAGGACGUUUCACAUUAAAUGGUAAAACACGUGGAAGAUGUUAGAAUGUAGUAAUUGUUUAAGUAAAUGUUCACCCACAUACUCCUGAAGUUUGCUUUGUGCCUCCGAGUAUUAUUUAAUUAAAGUGUUUUAUGUUUGCAGAAUCUUUGUUACUGUACUAGGGACGUGGGUGAAUAUCAUUUUAAAGAAAUUUAAAGCAACAAACAAACAAACAAAAGCAAAAUGGAAACACUAAAGCAAGAGGGGAACUUUUAUAAAGCAAUGUAAAUAUUUAACCUCAUGGCUGUUGUUACGUAAGACAUGAGAUUUUAAUAAAUAACUACAUUCUCACAACAUCUGUUGGAUUUAUUAGGAACACUACAGUGACUGUAUAGACAGUUGAAAGCAUUCUUGAAAAUCCUGCUCUCUACUUUUAAAAGAUAACAGUCUCUUUUAUCAGAUGUCAAGGGCAAGGGUAAUGCAGUUUCUGUAAAUUUAUGAAGUUUCUUUUCUAUGUACAUGAAGACAUUUAGUAAGUAACCCCCCCCAUACACACACACACAUGCAGGUUAAUAUUGAGUCAUAAUGCUAAAGAUUUGGGGGCUUUCAAAAUAGGAUGCCCCCCAGAAGCAGUCAUAAAUUCAUCAAAGAAAAAGUGGUUUACAGACUCCCCUGAAAGAAGCAGUGUAUAUGUGAGGACGUGCAAAAUCUCUUUGCCAUGUAUAUUAUAGAGUAUUCAUUGGUGUGAAUAGUACAAAUGUUUCCUCUGGUACAAACUCUGUGUUUGCAAAUUACAAGAAGCAUUGUUUUCAAAAAGCUCCCCUUAAAAAAUGUAACUGGUUGAUAUGAGUAAGCAGUUACUGUUUUGCACUUAAAUGUUAUGUUGAAGGAAAUGCAGUUUUGUUUUCUGUAGAUCUGUUGGUUAUGAACCAUCUGUAAAACUCAAGCUAAAAUGCUCAUAUUCAGAGCUGGGAUCAAAACUGGUAUUUAAGCUUUGCAUCUUCUUAUAAUUAUCCUUCUAAGAAUAUAACAGAAUGUGGAAGCGUCUGGACUUUGAGUCUUUUCAACUGAGCCCUCUCUCAAAUCAGACACCCCCCGAAAAUGCACAAACAGGAGCAGAAAGGCAAACGGGCUAGCCUGCCUUGGGGAAGAUGGAUUCAUUCUGUAUUUUUUAAAUAUUCAAUUUCCCUACCUAGGGGGAUAAAGCAUUUUAAAAUUGUAUAUUACCACUUCAAAUUUAGAAUUAGAAAAAAAAAAAAAUGUAUUUGGGGUUGGUCUCAGCACUACCUAGAAGAAUCAAAGGUCAUGGCUUCCCCCAA